AUGUGGAGCGGUCUCAAGUUGGAGCGCCUCCUUUACACAUUUCCGGAGACAACAACCCCCACGGGCUGGUCCCAAUCAGACCCGCUCCUGUCUUCUCCGCUUGGAGAAGCCGACGCUAAUGAAGGGGAUUCUUCUGCCGUUUUUGGCGAGGAUGUUAAUGUAGAGCACCGUCAUUUCAAUAAUGGGGAGCGUAGAAGAAAAUUGGCGCUGCGGCCUUUCACUGUUCCUGCCUCCGCCAUGGCAGAAGAAGGUGGGGAGGAGGGAUCACACGUUCAUUUAGGUUUCUCCUUCCCCGGGGAAGGAAAGUUUGAUGAAGAACCGGAGGCCGUCCUCUGGUGCCCGCAAGGCAAUUGUCAGUGGCUCAAUGAGGAAAGCGAUUGCAGCCAACGCAGCGCAAUGAGUUGUCCAGCACGACCGACAAAGACGACCAUUCAGCUUGGCGAUCCCGGUGCACCAAUCAAGAAAAAUCGUGAGAGAAAAUACAUUUGCAACGAUGCAGAUGAGAACUCCAACAGCCGCGUAGGACCGGCGUUGUACCACCAACUUGAGUUUUUCCAAGAGAGCAACAGCGUUUCGUUCCCAUGUGAAUCUUCUGCUCUCUCUCAUAUUACGCCUCUUGAUGAGACCGGGGAGUCCGUUGACCUCGCCAAUCAUAUGUCGCACUUGACUGUGGCCGUGUCCCCAAUACAGAAGAGGCUUCUUUUUACAGGAGUACUAGACGACGCGGUCGAUGCUCCUUCUGGGAGGGAUGUUGGUGAUGAUAAAGGUGUCGGUAGUGGGUUGCAGUCGCUUCGUCGGGAAAAGCGGUUUCUGGAGGAAAUGGAUACGAACCGCGAUGCCGCCAACUCAAACUCGAUGGCAUGUACAAUGCCGCGUGAACCCCACCGAAAGUUUCGGCGCAUAGACGCAGGCGAGAAUGAUAGAAAGAGCCUUGACAACCACUUUCAUAGUCGUCGUUAG